GCAGGAUGAACAGGUUGUUGGAGACAGUGCCAGGCAGUUGCGUGUGUGGCACCGUGGCGAAGAGACGUGUUGCUGAAAACCACGUAUUUUAUUAGUUGCAUCUUUACCUUCAUUCCCGUAAAUCACACUGCUGAUCAAAUUUUGACAAUGCGCGCGCAAUGUGUCAUCCCCAGGUGAAGUGAAAGGAAAAAAAAUUGCGAUUUUAAUUUUUCUGUAAAAAUGGCCACUUCGUAACACAUAUAAAAAAAAGCUUGUUGUGUAAUCUAUUUUUGUUGGUUUUAAUUCCAACAAUGAGUGUAGAGAUUGGAAACUUGAGCAUCACAACCCCUCUCACAGCCGAGGGUUUCACGACCCCGUACCCGCACAGCCUCACCUCCACGCCGGAGCCCGUCUUGCUGUCGUCGGAACCCGAGGAAUGGAAGCUCGACUGGACCUACACAGUGACUGAGAUCCUAGUGGCCGUCGUCGCAGUCAUCGGGAACGCUCUCACUGUAACUGUCUUCGCCGUGGACCGUAAACUCCGGCGACUGACAAACUACUAUAUCGUAGCCUUGGCAGUUGCCGACUUUUUGGUGGGGGUCCUUGGUAUUCCCUUCGCCAUCCUCACAUCGAUAGGGCUCCCCAAGCCAUUAUGGCCUUGUCUGCUGAUGUUGUCGACGCUACUGGUCCUGUGCACCACCUCCAUCUUUUGCUUGGUGGCUGUGAGUGUGGACCGGUACUGGGCCAUCCUGUAUCCGCUCAGGUACUCCAGGGUCAUGACCGCAAAGAUCGCAAGGUGUGGGCCACGCCAACCGGAGGGAGGUCAAAGCCGCCAAAAGCCUGAGCAUCAUCGUGCUGUUCUUCAUGUUCAGUUGGUUCCCGCUUUACACCAUUAACUGCGUGCAGGCCUUCUGUCACAGCUGCACUGUGCCGCCGUUCAUCAUGAAUGUCACCAUCAUCCUGAGCCAUCUCAACUCCGCCAUCAACCCGCUCCUCUACGCCUACCACAUGAAGGACUUCCGGAUGGCCAUCAAGAUGUUCACCCUUCACCGCAUCCUGCGCCGCCCGCUGCCGCACGACUACGUCUUCAACCGCAGCCUCGUGUCUCCGCACCAUUCCACGCUCUACCGCGUUAGCGUGGGCGGGGCCUUGCAGAACACUAACCUACACACUCCCCAUGCCCACAACACACCUAUGACAGGCUCGCCGUCCCCCUUAAUAGGAACACCAAAAGGAGGGCAGCGUUCGAGGACCUCCACCGUAGGAAGCUGUAAUCCCUGGACUCCCUCUCGCGGCCUCUCGCCCUCUCCGUCCUCGCCUCGCAACCGUACAGAACCGCCCUCUACUGCAGCCUCCGGGUCCUCGGACUUACUGCGGCCUCGCUCGGCCACCAUCACCACGCACACCGCCCCGGCCUCAGCCCUGAAGUCUAGCAAUCCCACGAAGCCAGGCUCACCUCCACAGAUCCAGUCGGGACCAACAGUCGCACAGAUAAAAAGCCGACGCCAGGUUAGCACUUUGCCUCCUGCCUUACUCAUAGCAGCAUCAGAACGACUGGUUUACAAGCCCUGCUCUCCCGAUGCUGUUGGACUGCAGUCUGGUAACACAUCACCGCACGCCAGUGACCCCAAAACGGGAAGCAACAGCAAGGAAAAUUCAAAGCUCGAUUCUGGGAUGUCGACUGUGAGCAGACCUGAUACGGAGGUCACAGCAGAAAAAUCCUGUACACGUGAAGAAAGUCAGGGAAUCAGAAGCCAACUGGAAAGCAAAUCACAGCGUAAUGAGAUUAAAAACACGACGCUCUCAAGUGAGGCACCACAUAAAAAGGAUAGUGUCGAGGCGCAAACCAAUCAAGAGCAAUUGUCGGAUAUUAUAAUUGAUCUAAAUGCAGAUACCAAAUCUCAGAAAAAUUACGAAAAGGUCAUGCAAGUUUCGGAGGAAACAGAACUCGAUCCCUUGGGACAUGGCACUCCUCCUUUGCCAAACGGAAGCGCGUGCAGUGCUCAGGGGGAAACAGUGUGUACAAACCACCAAGCAGAUGAGCCAACCCAGAGGCGAGAAGAGCUCAGGUCUCUAUUCGACUCCUCGGCGCAGUGUGUCAGACCUCAAACCCGGGAGGACCUCGAUCCACGUCCGGCGGGACAGAAACUAGGGGAGUCGCGCUUGUCGCGAGAAUUUUAUAAAUACAUCCCAAAAAUAUUAAGGCGGACUCAGGGACAAUUAAAAAGUAAGUCAUCUAAGAACACGAGGUCUUGGUGGCCAGAGCUCAUGAAGCAGCGUUCGUACCACGACUUACCCGGCGUCAAGUCCUCCGAGCAAGUGAGGCGAACUUGGAGCGCCUCCAGUGCCAUGGAAGGCUAGUCGGAUGAGUGUCAAUGCGGCGUCUGCGAUGCCAAUUUUUGAGCUCUCUGAAUAGUUGUAGUCUGUGUGACGCUGUAAAUUGUUGGUUAAUAGUAAUAUUAGAACGUCCCCUUCCUUCGAUCUCUCUAUGUUUCUCUCUCACUCUCUUUCUCUCUCUCUGUUUCUCUCACUCUCUUUCUCUCUCUGUUUCUCUCUGUUUCUC